AUGGAAGACAAAAAAUUAAUCUUGCAUAUUGAUUGGGCAAGCUAGCCUUCCCGCGCUAUAGUCUGCUUUUGUAGAAUGGCCAAAAUCCCUCAUGAAAUUAAUGAAGUAAGGGUUGGCUAGCUCUAGCAAAGGGAUGAAAAGUUUACUGCUAUUAAUCCUAAUAUGCAAGUUCCUGCAAUUACAGAAAUAGAUUUAAAAACUGGAGAAUAGUUCAACUUAUUUGAGAGCCAUGCCAUCUUAAAAUACUUAGCAUAGUCAAGAAAUGUUGCAGAUAAUUGGUAUCCAAAAGAUCCAAUCAAAAGAAUGAAAGUAGAUAUAUAUCUGGAUUGGCAUCAUCAAGGAAUUAGACAAUCUCUUGGGUUUUUAAUUUUUAAGAUGCUAUUCGGUCCAAUGUUUUUUGGAUCUGAAACUCCUCAAGAUGUAUUGGAGUUUUAGAGAAGAAAUUAAACUAAAGACUUGCGUCUUAUAGAGAGCUGGCUAUCUAAGGCUAAGUUUAUCAGUGGAGAUGAAAUAAGUAUAGCAGAUAUAUCCUGCGCUUGUGAGUUAAUUUAAGGGAGAUUUAUUGAAUUAGAUUUAAGUAAAUAUCCUCAUAUUGAAAAAUGGCUCUAAAUGAUGAUAUUUGAGAUACCUGAGAUGCAUGAAUCUCACAAAUUUAUGUUGAAAUUAGCAGAAGCAUCAUUGUAAAAGCAGAAAAAAUAAAAACAAAAAUUAGAUAAACCUAAGCUGUGA